AACACAAACGCCUAUAUAUAGUCUGAGACGAAAACAGAGCAGGUUAUAUAUAUAAAUAUAUUUUCUCACCUAUGAAAAAGAAUCGACCAACGUCUUACUCGGAGAUACGCAAUUCUCGUGUCUGAAAAUCCACACCACACCACCUGUCUCUCUCAAACUCCAUUCCCUUCGCGACUCUCUUUGUAUAAAUCACUGCUUCUUCUCAAUCGCUUCAUUAUUUCUUUCUGUAUCUGUAUAUGUGUAUAUACACACAUAUACAUAUAACAGAUACAGAUUGAGGUUUUGCCGGAUCAGAAACCUAGAUUACACUGUUUGGUUUUUGAUCAUAUAUGCGUGUGUGUGUUUGUGUGAAUUUGGGUUGGAUGCUUGGUUUUGGAGAAACUGAAAUGAGAUUGGAUUGAGAAAUUAGUGCAGAUCAGAGUGACUAUUCAAUAAGAUUGGGCGUUUGGGUUAUGCGUUUUGGGGGUUGGGUGUGAAGAGAUGGAACAGAAGAGCCUUUUGUUGUCAGCAUUGAGCGUAGGGGUUGGGGUGGGCCUAGGGUUGGCCUCUAGCCAGACUGUGAGCAAAUGGAGCGGCUACAGUUCGUCGGCCGAGGGCAUGACCGGCGAGCAGAUUGUAAAGGAGCUUCUGAGGCUCGUCGUCGACGGCAAAGAAAGCAAGGUCACGUUUGAUGACUUCCCUUAUUACCUCAGCAAGCGGACACAGGUGUUAUUAACCAGUGCUGCAUAUGUCCAUUUAAAACACCUUGAUGUUUCCAAGUACACCCGGAAUCUUUCGCCUGCUAGCAGGGCUAUAUUGCUAUCGGGGCCUGCUGAACUUUACCAGCAAAUGCUUGCGAAGGCUCUUGCACAUCACUUUGAAGCAAAGUUGUUAUUAUUAGAUAUAACUGACUUUUCCCUGAAGAUGCAGAGCAAGUACGGUAGUGCCAGAAAAGAAUCAUGUUUAAAUAGGUCUAUCUCAGAGGUGACAUUAGAACGAAUGUCCAGCUUGCUUGGUUCCUUCUCAGUUCUUUCCUCAAGAGAGGAUACUAGAGGCACAUUAUACAGGCAGAGUAGUAGCAUGGAUAUUAAAUCAAGGAGCAUGGAAGGUUCUAAUGAUUUGCCGAAGCUUCGCAGAAAUUCUUCAACUUCGAGUGAUUUGAGUAGCGACAGCUCUCAGUGCUCUUCUUCAAAUCUAGCUCCUCUCAAGCGCAUGAGCAGUUGGUCUUUUGAUGAGAAACUUUUCGUACAAUCACUUUACAAGGUUUUGGUUUCAGUCUCUGAAACCAGUUCCAUUAUACUGUACCUCAGGGGUGUAGAGAGGCUUUUUGUCCAAUCCCAAAGGCUGUACAAAUUGUUUGAUAGGAUGUUGAAGAAAGUAUCAGGAUCAGUGUUGGUACUUGGUUCCCGGAUGUUGGACCCAGACGAUGACACUGAGGAAGUGGACGAGAAACUUACUCAUUUAUUUCCAUACAAUAUUGACAUUAGGCCACCUGAAGAUGAGACUCAUCUUGUAAGCUGGAAAAGCCAAUUGGAAGAGGACAUGAAGAAGAUACAGUUUCAGGAUAACAAAAACCAUAUUGCUGAGGUUCUUGCAGCGAAUGAUCUUGAAUGUGAUGAUUUAGAUUCAGUUUGCCUUGCAGACACAAUGGUUCUCAGUUAUUACAUACAAGAGAUUGUGGUAUCAGCAAUAUCUUAUCAUUUGAUGGAUAACAAAGAUCCAGAAUACCGAAAUGGAAAACUUGUUAUAUCAUCUAAAAGUUUGUCCCAUGGAUUGAGUAUCUUCCAGGAGGGAAAAAGUGAUGGGAAAGAUACUCUUAAAUUGGAGACAAAUGCUGAAUCUUCUAAGACUGAAGGUGAAGGAAAUAUUGGGUCAAAACCUGAUUCGAAGUCCGAGAUCCUGACAUCUGAAAACAAAAAUGAGACUGAAAAAUCAGUUCCUUCAGCAAAGAAGGAUGGUGAGAAUCCAUCUGCAUCGAAAGUACCGGAAGUUCCUCCUGACAAUGAGUUUGAGAAGCGCAUAAGGCCGGAGGUUAUUCCUGCAAACGAGAUUGGAGUGACAUUUGCAGAUAUUGGUGCUCUGGAUGAAACUAAAGAAUCACUUCAGGAGCUCGUAAUGCUCCCUCUUCGAAGACCAGACCUUUUCAAAGGCGGGCUUCUUAAGCCUUGUAGAGGAAUAUUGCUUUUUGGACCUCCUGGUACUGGAAAAACAAUGCUGGCAAAGGCCAUUGCCCAUGAUGCUGGAGCAAGCUUCAUCAAUGUCUCAAUGUCAACCAUUACUUCAAAAUGGUUUGGGGAAGAUGAAAAGAAUGUCCGUGCUCUGUUCACACUUGCUGCAAAGGUUUCUCCGACUAUUAUUUUUGUGGAUGAGGUUGAUAGUAUGCUGGGGCAGCGGACAAGAGUUGGGGAACAUGAGGCUAUGCGGAAGAUUAAGAAUGAAUUCAUGUCACAUUGGGAUGGACUGAUGACAAAAUCUGGUGAGCGCAUUCUUGUUCUUGCGGCAACCAACAGGCCAUUUGACCUUGAUGAGGCAAUUAUUAGGCGGUUUGAGCGCAGGAUCAUGGUUGGUUUACCAUCUGUGGAGAGCAGGGAAAUGAUAUUGAGAACUCUUUUGGCAAAAGAAAAAGUAGAAGAUCUAGAUUUCAAGGAACUUGCAACCAUGACAGAAGGAUACAGUGGAAGUGAUCUUAAGAAUUUGUGUGUGACAGCAGCUUAUCGGCCUGUUAGGGAGCUAAUACAACAGGAGAGACUGAAGGAUAAGGAAAGGAAGGAGAAGGACGAGAAAGGGAAGAGCUCGGAGGAGGAUGCUUCAGAAACAAAAGAGGAAGAAGGUAAAGAGGAAAAAGUGAUUAUUUUGAGGUCCUUAAACAUGGAAGACAUGAGGCAGGCAAAGAAUCAGGUUGCUGCCAGUUUUGCUUCGGAGGGAUCUAUAAUGGGUGAACUGCAGCAGUGGAAUGAUUUAUAUGGAGAAGGAGGUUCGAGAAAGAAGCAGCAGUUAUCAUACUUCUUUUAGAUUGUACAAUGUAGGCAUCUUAUACAUUCAUUAGGAUCAUUCUUUGUAAAAGGGGGAGGUGAAGGUUUGGAAAACGAAAAAGCGGUCUCAUUUAAAAUCCCAGUUAUUCCACGACAGAACGGUGAAAGCUGGACAUCCAAGUCCUCGCAUCAAAGGAAUUCCUGACAACCCCAUGAAAGCUUGUUGUGGCAUGUAAUAUAUUUCUGAAAAAGGAUGAUUUUUUGAUAUUCUUAUUUUGUGCUUGAGGGUGGGAGAGUUCGUAAUAUUUAUUAGGCCACUGUACUGGUCAUAUUUAUUAGGCCACUGUACUCAUAUGUCAUGUAUGUUGAUGUUGUGUGUGUAUUAUUUGGAAAUUCACAUGGUUUUCAGAAACGGGGAGAUGUUUAUAUGGGAUUUCUUACAGGAAUUGUGUAAUGAAAAGUUGAUUCGAUUGUAAAUUUGUA